CGACAUGCUGGGCGCCUGAGUGUUAGGCCAGCAACACAGAAGUGACUUCGGAAAUCUUGAGCAACGCGUAUAGCUGGAGGAACUCAGCGCGUCAGGCAGCGCCUAUGGAAGGAAAUAAACAAUCGACAUUUCGAGUCAUGGACUAAAGUGGUUCAAGAAAAUGGCUCUUUACUACCUUCUCAGCACAAUUAAGGAUGAGCACCAAGUUCUAGCCUUGCCGCUGUCAUCCAUAUCUCAUUGAUGAGAAGAUAAAUUCCCAUUUUCAUAUAUGAACCUCAACAAUAAACAGUUUAAGGCCGCAUUCGACAUGUUUGAUGCUGAUGGUGGUGGUGAUAUCAGCACCAAAGAGUUGGGACAGGUGAUGAAAAUCCUGGGGCAAAACCCUACCAGAGAAGAACUGGAUGCCAUCAUUGAGGAAGUGGAUGAAGAUGGAAGCGGCACCAUUGACUUUGAAGAGUUCUUGGUGAUGAUGGUGCGGCAGAUGAAAGAGGAGGCAAAAGGAAAAUCUGAAGAAGAGUUGGCAGAGUUCUUUCGCAUAUUUGAUAGGAAUGCUGAUGGUUUCAUUGAACGGGAUGAGCUUUGGAACUUAAUUAAAGAAUCUGGAGAACAAAUCUCAGAAGAGGAAAUUGAUGAACUCAUGAGGGAGGGUGACAAAAACAAUGACGGCAAACUAGACUUUGAUGGUUUGUAUACAAGUACAAAAGUGAAUAAAAUAUUGGUUGAAAUAUUUAACUUUUAGCCAUGUCAAUGAAGCUAAACUCAAUCAAACUUCUUUCUUUUCCUUUCCUUUCCUUUCCUUUCCUUUCCUUUCCUUUCUUUCUUUUUCUUUCAUUUCAGAAUGGGUGAAAUUGAUGGAAAAUGUCCAGUAAAUGAACAACAUUCCUCAACAACCAUUAGUGUCUCACUUCUUCAGAAACCUUUUAAAAUGUCAUCUUCCAUCUCCUGCUCUACAAAUCCAUUACUUUUGGCUUUUGGCUCAGCCUCUCUUCAAGACCACAUUUAAAUAAAUUAGAACACAUAGCUUACUGUACAGUAUCUUGUGCCACAUUUCUCAUGCUCUACUGUAGCUAACUGAUCACCAGACAUUUGAAAGGAAUGUGAUUGCUGCAUCCAAUGCAAAAUUAGACAUAUUUGACCUAUACUCUGAAAUUGCUAGCACUGUUGCUACAAUUCACUCCUGCAGAAGAAGAAGCAACAUUCUAUGUAUGAAACUCUUAAUGAUUUUGCCAGCAGUCUAUAACACAACCAUAUAUUCCAAACCUUUUCCCAAUAAAAUUAAUGUCAUUUUUUCAGCCAGUUGUUGUUGCAAUUAUUGAGUGCCUGACUUGCUUAAAAAUGUCCUGAUUAUUAUUCUUAGUUAUCAACAGACUCCAAUUGCAACUUUCCAGAGGUUCUCCCUGAUCUGCCUUUAUACUUCACAGAUGAUAGAAAACUUCACUGGUAAAAAUUUACUCAGCUCCUUGUUGGAACUAUUAGGCCUAUCAAUUUAAAUUUACAGCAAGAAAAAUAUGGUGUCUCCAAAGUUGCACUGAAAAUAAGACCAUAAGUUAUAGGAGCAGGAUUAAGCAAUUUGUCCCAUCGAGUCUGCUCUGCUAUUCCAUCAUGGCUGAUUUAUUAUCCCUCUCAACACCAUUCUCUUGCCUUUUUGCCAUAACCUUUGAUGCCCUUGCGAUCAAGAACCUAUCAACCUUCAAUGACUUGGCUGCCACAGAUUCCAAGAUUUCCUACCUUCUGAAAUUCCUCCUCAUCUCUGUUUUAAAGGGACAUCUGCUAGUCUGAAGCUGUGCCCUCUGGUCCUAGACUCCACCACUAUAGGAAUCAUCCUCUCCAUGUCCACUCUAUCUAGGCCUUAAGAUG